AUGUGCCCAUCCGAGCAAAUGGAAGAAAUUAGCAGUAUCUUGAGAGGUAUAAAUGUCACUAUUAUGCAUGAAGAGUAUGAAAAGAUCAUUUCUCAGCUACCUACAGACACAAAAUAUCUCAAGAUGGUUUUCGAUAAUAUUGACGAGCUUUUUGCUUGCAGUAUGAAUGGAGGAAUAUGUUGGCUGCUUGGUCUGCUUAGAAACCCAUUCAUGCUUGAAAUAAGCCAAGAUGUGUUUGAAAAGGUUGCAAAUGUUCUAUUGAAAGCUGCAGAUACAAUGAAUAUAAGAAAGAUUGCGUUGAAAUGUCUUGCAAUGCUAGUUUACAAAACAAAUACAAACCAUUACAUAGAUUCAAAUGAUUCUGAAUGUAUUAUAAAUAUGAUUAAAGUAUCUAAAGAAACAUAUUAUGUGUUUCUGAAGUAUCUUUCAGUGCUUGGAAAGAAAGUUGAGACGAAUGGUAUUCUAAAAGACGAUUCAGUCAGUGUUAAGAUGUCAAAGAUAAAGAUAAUGGCAAGUAAUCCAUGUGUUGAGACACUCAAGGUAUUUUUUGAUUUGCUAAAUGAAAGCGAUACUCGAUUAGGAUGGGUACUGUGUAAGUCUUUUGUAAAGAUUUGUAUGCAUGCUGACAUGUCUAUGGCCAUCUCUGAGUUGAAGAGCCGUUGUAAGGUGAUAUUUGCAAAUGAAAGCAGUUGGAUAAAUAUAAUGACGAUUCUUGGGAUGCUUGCACUACAUGGUGAGGAUAUUGGAGAUGUGUUAGAUAUUGUGAUUGAAGCUGGAAUGUAUAACAAUCAAUUUGUUCACAAUGCAGAGAUGAUGCGUGAAGCAUCGUUGUUUUUGGUGUGGGCAACUGUUAGAGGAAGCUCAACGUUUGACAAGCAGCUUGUUUGUUUUUCCGCUGCACGUGCAUUGCUUGAUGAGUCUUUAUCGUGUAGGAGAGCUGCUGCAUCUGUUGUUUUGGAGUAUGUCGGAAAAUUUCCUGCACUGAUAGAUCAGGAAAUUGUAUCUUUGAUAAAUUUCCAUUCUGUAAAGAGGUUAUCAAGCUGUUCUAAUGUAGUUGGAAAGGUAAUGGAGCUGUUACAAAGCCAAGAUAUAUUCGAAAGGUGCAUUUUAAGAAACAUAUUCCAUUCAAGUAUUGAAGUGAAGGAGCAGGCUUGUUAUUGUAUUUCAAGUUUUUUUGAUGCAAAAAAUGCAGUAUGUAGUAUUAUUCGAACCAAUAUCACUACGCCAUCUGAUUAUAUAGGUGUAUUUGUUCUAGUAAGAGAGUUUUUCAAACAAGACAGGGAUGAUGAAGUAAAUGAGAUUGUAGAAUUGAUCUGUAAUAUAAGGGUAGAUAGUAACUUUGCAAAGUUUAAGGAAUUUGAAGUGUUUGUAAGCUUGUAUGUAGAAAUAAUAGAGCAUGUAUCUGGUAUUAUAUGCAUUAAUGAUAUUGGAGAUACAGAAUCUAUUUUUGAGAACGUAUAUAUGUUUCUUGUCAAGAAUGUUUAUUCAAUUGGAGUGUCAAGGAUUGCUUGGAUGCUUAUGAAAAGUAACAAAAGAUUUGCAGAUCGAAUAUUUAGGGCAAUCAACAGAUGUAAUGAAGGAUUUAUAUUAGCGAAUGCAAGGAACGAAAUACAUAUGGAUAAAGUAGAGAAACAAUACCAAGAGUGGCUGAGGCACGGAUCAAUUGAUACAAAGAUACAUGUGAUGAAGGCAAUAUGCUUUACCGAAUAUUUUGAGAAGUAUGAGGAGCACGUACUUAAUGGCCUUGAAGAUUAUACUACAGACUUCAGAGGAGAUAUUGGCGCAGGCUUACGGAUGCAAAGCCUUGUUGUGGCAUUUAUGGCUAUGAAGAAUGAUAUACCAACUAGAUACUUUGUGAGAUACUUUGUGGGAAAGUCAAAAGUAUUGAGAGAUAUGUGUGUGGCAAUGUGUAAGGAAUGCAGAAUUUUUGUAUCUGGAUUUGAAUACAUCCGUCAAAAGUCAGUGUAUAUUAGUUGUGCUGAAGCAUCUAUUUAUAAUAGUCUUUCUGCAAUAAGGCCAUUUCUUGAUGAAUUCUACAAGGUGUUUACAAAUCUUUUGAUUGAAUCAGACAAAGGGAACGAUGAGAUGAUAUACAUGUCCUUGAUAUCAGCAUUAUCUUAUCUAGAUGGCUCGCACCACAAGGAGUUUGUAUAUGGAAUAAUUGAGGCGUUUGGGUCUGUAGAUGCAUCAAUGUGUAAAAUGAUUUUAGAACACGCAUUUGAAAUCCGAGAGAAACUUCUUCCAUGCAUAACACAAAUACUUAGAGAUAACACACACUUCAAAUGUGAUGGUUCAGAUAGUAUAACACAUAAUGUGCAAAAUAAUAUACUCAGGAGAAUAAAAUGGGCCACCGUUGAGAUGGUUGUUGGUCUUAUUCAACUUGAAAUAACCUACAACAACCCUAUUUAUAUCAAUAAUUAUGAACUUAUCUCAAUGGUAUCCUUAACUACAACCGAUCCUUUUAUUCCAUUAGGCUUGAAUAAUGCAAUUACUCAGGUUUUACAGAUUCAUAAAUAA